CAAAAGGACCAUGUGUGCUGUCAGGGUGGUGGGGCUCCUGUCUCAGACCAGCAAGUCUGUGCUGCACCUGUGCACACUGGUGUGUACACUGAGAGGGGCUUGAUAGCAGCAUUCCUGGAAAACGGCGCCCCAUGCCCUUUGACUGUGCCUGCGUGACCUGCGCGUUCUGCUUUCCAGUGACGUCUGUGAUCAGCCGUGUUAAACACCCUAGAAGAUGGGGCUGUCAGGAGAAAGUGAAGAAAAUCUGCGUUGGGUUCACAAGUGAGCCUCUGGACCAGUUUUUACUCAGCUAAGAUGUCAAAAUGAUGAAGCAGCCAGGAUAGUUAUGGUUUGUCAUGGAGGAUAAGCAGGAAACUUGUCCCAAAGGGGACAGCGAUUUUAUUUCUGACAAAGUAAAUUUCAAAAUAGAGGAAGAAGAUGUUCAGAUUCCAAGUGACAGUUUGGAAAGAGUGGACUUUAAAAGUGAGCCAGAGGACAUGAGACAGACAGACAGUGGUGAUGAACAGGCAGAAAUCAGGGCAUCAAGCUGUGCCUGUCAGCCCCCUGGGAAAUACUUACCUGCUGAGAGUGAGGAUGACUACGGGUCGCUCUUCUCUCAGUACAGCAGCACACUGUACAAUGUAGCCAUGGAAGCUGUGACCCAGAGCCUUCUUUCUAGCCGCCAUAUAAGCUCUAGGAAGAAAUCUCCAGCUUGGAAGCAUUUCUUUAUCUCUCCUCGAGAUAGCACUAAAGCAAUAUGCACAUACUGUAUGAAAGAGUUCAGUAGGGGCAAAAAUGAAAAGGACUUGAGUACAAGUUGCCUCAUGAGACAUGUGAGGCGGGCACACCCCACCAAGCUCAUUCAAGAAAACGGAAGUAUAUCAGCGGGGUCUUCCUUUCCCUCUCCCUCGCUCCUGCUUCCCCCACAGCCUUCAGAUGUGGGGGACCUCAGCACUGCACUCUCACCUGUGAGACUUGUCCAGAAAAUGACUCCUAAGAUCCCAUCCCCUGACCAAAUCAUGGAAGAGUCUGUGUCUGUGGUCUCUUCUGAGGAGGUGUCCUCUGAUGUGUCUGUCACUGAGAAGUAUGGCAGAGAGGAGGCCCUGGCAGGCUCAUCCCCCCAUCUCUCCAUGCUCCAUUAUGAUGAUGCUGCAGAGGGCAUGGCAGAGAGAAACCUUCCCCUUCCCAAGAGCACAUCUGGGUCCAGGAGGAGGUCAGCAGUCUGGAAGCACUUCUACCUGUCACCCCUUGACAGCUCCAAGGCUGUUUGUGUCCACUGUAUGAACGAGUUCAGCAGAGGGAAGAAUGGGAAGGACCUGGGCACAAGCUGCCUCAUCAGGCACAUGUGGAGAGCACAUCGCUCUAUUGUGUUACAGGAGAACGGGGGCAGCACAGGCAUCCCACCCUUGUACCCUACACCCCCAACACUGCUGCCCACCCUGCUGUCCCCAGAGGGGGAUCUAAAUUCUGAAUCAUCUCCAGGGAAGCCAGUCAAAGAGUGCCGCUCUGCUUCUUCAUCCCCAGACAGGCUGGCCGAGGACCUGCCGUCACACACAAAUUCUGGGGAUGCCUCUCGGGAAGACGUGUCCAUGUUGUCAUCCUCUGAUGACCUGGGUGAGGCCUCUGUGGUGUCCUCUCCAGAGAAGCAGCCAGCAGGUGCUAUCAGUCCAAGGUUUGAAUCAGGUGCUGUCUUCCAGCAAAAUAAGAAGGUCAUGAAACGACUGAAGUCAGAAGUCUGGUACCACUUUUCUCUGGCCCCCAUGGACAGUCUCAAGGCGGUGUGUCGGUACUGUAGUUGUGUCAUCAGUCGGGGGAAGAAGGGGGAUGUGGGCACAAGCUGUUUGAUGCGACAUCUGUACCGACGCCACCCUGAGGUGGUGGGGACCCAGAAGGGCUUUCUGGGUACAAGUUUGGCAAACUCUCCAUAUGCCACUUUGGCCUCUGCAGAAAGUUCCUCCUCCAAAUUAACUGACUUGCCAGCAGUAGUCAGGAAAAACCAUCAAGGUGUGCUUCCUGCUAAUAGUAAGAAGACAUCAAAACUAUGGAACCACUUUUCUAUUUGCUCUGCAGACUCCACUAAGGUGGUGUGCCUGCACUGCGGCCGGACCAUCAGCAGGGGCAAGAAGCCCACCAACCUGGGCACCAGCUGCCUCCUGAGACAUCUGCAGCGGUUCCAUGGCCACGUACUCAAGAAUGAUGUCUCAGAAGCCACACUGCCCUGCUCUCCAGGUAUCCGGGGGCCUCUGAGCAUGGAGCCUUCAGGAGCUGCCUCUUUCCAUGACCCCACGGAGAAGUUCUAUGACUCUCACCCAGUUGCCAAAAAAAUCACAAGUCUCAUAGCUGAAAUGAUUGCACUUGACCUUCAGCCAUACUCUUUUGUAGACAAUGUUGGCUUUAACCGGCUGCUCGAAUACUUGAAACCUCAGUACUCUUUACCCUCCCCUUCCUACUUCUCUAGGACAGCUAUCCCAGGUAUGUAUGACAAUGUGAAGCAGAUAAUUAUGUCUCAUCUGAAGGAAGCUGAGAGCGGUGUGGUCCACUUCACCUCUGGAAUAUGGAUGAGUAGCCAGACCCGUGAGUACCUGACCCUCACAGCUCAUUGGGUCACCUUUGCAUCCUCUGUAAGACCACAUUGUGAGGACCACCAUUGUUCAGCACUUUUAGAUGUGUCGCAGAUCGACUGUGAUUACAGUGGAAACAGCAUUCAGAAACAACUGGAGUGCUGGUGGGAAGCCUGGGUGACCUCCAUUGGCCUUCAGAUUGGCAUCACGGUCACUGACAAUCCAAGCAUAGGGAAGAUGCUGAGUGAGGGCGAACACUCAAGCGUGCAGUGCUUCAGCCACACGGUGAACCUGAUUGUGAGCGAGGCCAUCAAGAGCCAGAGGAUGGUGCAGAACUUACUGAGUAUUGCCCGGAAGCUGUGUGAGCGGGUCCAUCGGUCCCCCAGGGCAAGGGAGAAGCUGGCAGAACUGCAGAAGGAGUAUGCACUGCCACAGCACCAGCUGAUCCAGGACGUGCCGUCCAAGUGGAGCACGUCAUUCCACAUGCUUGAACGGCUCAUUGAGCAAAAGAGGGCAGUUAAUGAAGUAUCCAUUGAGUGUAACUUUAGAGAACUGAUCAGCUGUGACCAAUGGGAGGUCAUGCAGUCUGUGUGUCAUGUGCUGAGACCGUUUGAUGCUGCGAGCCGGGAGAUGAGUGCCCACAUGUCUACACUGAGCCAGGUUAUCCCCAUGAUCCACAUCCUCAGCAGGAAAGUUGAGAUGCUCUUUGGGGAGACGAUGGGCAUUGACACCAUGCUGAAGUCACUGAAGGAAGCCAUGGCGAGCCGCCUGUCCGCCACCCUCCAUGACCCCAGGUACAUCUUCGCCACACUGCUGGACCCUCGCUACAAAGCUUCCCUGUUCACAGAGGAGGAGGCAGAGCAGUACAGGCAAGACUUAAUCAGGGAGCUAGAAAUACUGAAUUCUACCUCAGAGGACACAGCCACCUCCAAUGGCUGUGACUCAGGGUCCCCACUGAAAGACUCCAGCACAGGGGAGAGCCUGUGGUCACUUGUUGCACCCAUAAAGAGGAGAGAGCAGAGAGAGAAGCUACCGGAAGACAUGGUGCUCGCGUAUUUGGAGGAAGAGGUGCUGGAACACAGCUGCGACCCACUGACCUACUGGAACCUGAAGCGGUCAUCCUGGCCUGGGCUGUCCACCUUGGCAGUCAGAUUUCUAGGCUGUCCCCCAAGUACGGUCCCCUCGGAAAAGCUGUUCAGCACACCCACAGAGGCCGGUGGCUUUGGCCAGCCCAGGUUCAUGAUGGAGCAUUUUGAAAAGCUCAUCUUUUUGAAAGUGAAUCUUCCCUUGAUAUGCUUUCAGUAUUGAACUCACGAUGGAGCAAUGCCUUUCCGAGUGCUAGCUGUUGCACCAGGGCUGACUUGCUUGGCAGGGCCACGUAGGACACCAGACUAGGCAUCUGGGGCCACCUGCCAGCUCUCACCGUAACGUCCACAUGUGCCUUACUCCUCCUUCAGGCCAGGUAUCACGGUGCGUUUUCCGAGGUCCACUAGAAACAGCCUGUCUUGUCAAUUAUGAACUAGGAUGAUCAGGUUUUAAUUCAUAACUGUAAAGUUUUUUUUAAAAUUGAGGGAUAGUAAUUUGUUCCACUAGAAUGGAGAGGAGAUGUAAACAGUUUUAUUGUGUAGGGUUUUUGUGUAAAAAUCACAAAUCAGGUGCUGUAUUUUAAUUAAAUGUUGCUUUAAUCGCAACAAAACAGCUUUUGUAGCUGUCAGACGAAACCUGUAAAUAGGAGGUGAAGGUUAAGCCAUCCUGACUGAACAGUUCUUAACUGCAGGCUCCAAAGUGUGUUGAGGAGAAAAUAUUCUAGAAGCUGUUUAUUGCAACAGAAACCAGACAUUUGAAAAUAGAACUGAACUGUAUCAUGGAGUGUCAGUUAUAUGGUUAGUUGGUCAUGAGAACUUUCUGGUAUCAGGUGUUUGCAUUCAGGUUUUACGUAGGUCAUUUAACUCAGAGAUACUCCACUUACCAUGAGCCCCUUGAAAUUGGUUCCAAGUUUUAAAUUCAUGCUUAUGAUUUAACCAGUGCAUGAUAUGACACGUUUACAGCAGACGGCCUGUUGAUCAAAUCUCCAUGCCUCUGAUUUAUUUUGCGUCUCUACGCUAUAAAGCUAUCUCAUAAGAGGUGUGCACUGACUCCCCAGAUUGGUCAGAUUUGCUAAGAUUCUUCUUUGAGGAGAAAGCUUGUUGUUGACAGGGAAGUUUCUUGGUGACACUGCAGACAUGAGAAAAGCCUUAGGCAUUUAGAUUUUUUUUUUUAUGCUAGGAAGAUUCUGUCAUCACUGGGGUAUUAUAGAAUCCCAAGGACAUCAAAAUAAAAUACCAGUUGUCAGAUUCCUAAACAAUAUGUCUCCAAAGUUUUUGCUUUAAUGUCUAAAGAAAAAAAAAGAGCAUUCCUUUUCUCAAGUCAGAUCAAUUGAGUAUUGUAGGUGAGACAAGUCACUCAUCUGCCUGUGACCAUUUAGAGAAAGCUGUUCUUCUGUUGAAAUACUGUACCUAGGCUCAGUCUAAAUCUGCGUAGACUAUGCUUUAGUGUAUUUAUAAAUGGUGAACUUGGAUUCUGAAAUUAAACUUUUUAUUUGCAAUUUUCUA